AUGGCUACCUACACCACCAUGGAAGGUCCUCAGCACAUCGCUAUUCGAGAGCUUGACCUGAGGACCUGUCACCCGAGCACUAUGGUCGAUAGAGUUGGUGCUGUUCCUGUUUUGAAGACAAGUGCUGCUUUCUUCUCAUUCCUUCGCGCCAACCUUGUCCUCCACUCGGCAAUGGCUUCAGCCACCAGCACCCCGCAAUUCGGUCCAUCUGUUCCUUUUUCUUCCUUCGUUCCGCCAUCGCCUUCUCCGCUUGCAGCUUCGACUCCAUACUUUGGUCUCGAUGAUGACGAUGACCUCGAGCCGUUGUCUCUUGAGGUUCUCGACAAGCCCCAGGACAAGGUCGAGGGUAUGCGCCUCGUCGCCGACUCAAUUGCCCAGAUGCGCCAGCGGGCCUCGCUGAACCUCGUUUUCCACCCCGUCUGUCUCGCCGGCCUGUCAGCUGCCCUUGCUGCGAUCUACCAUCUCGGCGGUGUUACUCGUGAUUCCGGAAUUGGCAUGACGGUCUCUUGUGGUGUCAUCAUGAGCUACCUCAUGGGCAUUCGCUACUUGGCCAACGGUUAUAUCUCUUUGGCUGAACGACUGCGCUGGAACUGGCUGCGAGCUGACGAUGGAGAGGAGGACACUCUGCUGGCUGCCCGUCUCAACCAAGAUAUUAUUGGAACUCUUGUUUUGCGCCUUGAACCAAGCCCGACAUCCAGUCAUAGACGCCGACGAUCGCUUUCCCUCCGAGGAGGCAAAGGUGUUAUCCGCGCGUGGACCACCAACCUCAACUAUCGUGGAAAGGGUGUCGGAAAGGAUCUGCUUCAGGAAGCCGUCCGUGUCACCCGAGAGCGAUGCGGAAAGGAUGCCGAAGUUGGAUUCGCUCAGGAACACGCCAACAGUGCUAUGCUGCUUCCCGGUAUUUUCAACGCUCCCUUCCGACGUGACGAGGUCCGGGCUACCAGGGCUUUGGACGGCAUUCUGUCCAACUGGGACCUUGUCAAGAGGAGGAGGUAA